AAAACUGGUUGUAGUUGAACAUCUCAUAUCUCAUUUUCUCCAGUUCCAGAAUCAGAUCAGAUCAGAGUUUUCAAGCACAUUUUGUCGAAAUCUGUGGGCUUUUCUGCUAGUUAAUGUCUAAACGAUGUUGUGCUGCAUCAUGCUACAAUUCUGUAGCAACAAAUCGAUCGGUGGAGUAUUUUGGUUUUCCGAAAAGCACUGACUUUGCUUCUGCUUGGGCCAAGGCAGCUGGUCGAGAAGAUUUGCUGGAGAAAAGUAUAAAUAAUAUAAUAAAAUAUUUCCUCUGUUCGGAACACUUCUCCGAUGACUGCUUCCAAGAUCCACCGCAUAAUAGAAAGCUGAAAAAAACUUCGCGCCCUGUCGUGGUUCCGAUACCAACAAUUUUCCACAAUAAUUUUAAUGAAUGCGUUUCGAAGUCUUUGAAGGAAGAACGGCGAGUUAUAACACAAGACGAUGCAGUUUCAUUAAUACAGUACCAAGAACAGUCGUCCGAUGAAAUCGAUUCAGAGAACAGCAUCAUUGUUGAGAGGCUAAAUGAAUGUGAUGACAUACAAAUGCCGGCAGGGUUGAUGGAACCUUUGCUCUUGACAACAGUUGACGAUUUAAUCAUUACUAGUGAGCAUCAGUACUCUGAUACGGAAAUCACUGAAGUGGUUCAAUAUGAUGAUGUAAAAGAAGAUGAGGACAAAGAAGAGCAAAUCGUGACCAUAAUCGACUCAGCAACACCUCAGCACGUGCAACGGCAGGACGAUGGCGAUGUUGAGAGCACGUACUCCGAAAUCAUAAUUGGGCUUUCAAGUUGUCGACUUUGUCUUUCAGCUAAAGAAAAUGAACUGCUCAUACCGAUAUUCGAUGAUGGUAGUGAGGUUGCAUACAUUCUGGAAUCAAUAUUGCCUGGUGCGGUAAAGAAAGACGAUGGAUUUCCCCAGCAGGUAUGUUUAGUGUGCCUUGAAAGUGCCACCAGAUGUCUCAAUACUAUAGAAAAGUUCAAAACAAUACAAGAUAAAUUGAAAAUGUUACAAUGAUACAUGGAUUUCUUUUUAUUCAUUCUAUCCGAAAAUGUUAUCAAAACUAUAAA